AAUAACACACCUCAGAGCUUUUCUUUUUCCACUUUUACAACCUGUCUCUUAACACAUCUCGGAGACAGGGGCAGCCCGACUACAGCCGAGCCACGGCGUUUGAACAACACUCCGCUCUCAACUCUCCAACUCACAUCUGGAGGAAUUUCGAUAGUUCACAGCUACAGCAGCUACAACAACCGGCUACAAUGUACCGCUCAACCAAAGGAGCAUCCAAGGCUCGACGGGACCAGAUCAACGCCGAGAUCCGGAACCUGAAGGACUUGUUGCCCAUCUCCGAUGCAGAUAAAGCGCGGCUCUCAUACCUGCACAUCAUGUCACUUGCCUGCAUGUACACCAGGAAAUCCGUCUUCUUCACUCAAGAGGCGGGAGCUGCUGCUAGUCUCGAGGAGAGCGCCAGGUUACUGUCUUUCCACGAACUGUCGGAGUUGAUGCAGGCGCUGCCGGGGUUUCUGAUGCUGCUGACUGGGGAAGGGAAGCUCCUGUACCUGUCAGACAGCGUCUCCGAGCACCUCGGACACUCCAUGGUGGAUCUCGUGGCACAGGGGGACAGUGUGUAUGAUAUCAUCGACGCCUCAGACCACUUAAUCAUGAGGAGCAACCUGUCAACCUCCACGUCACUUGAGAUGGACCGUCUCUUCCGCUGCCGUUUCAACACCUCUAAGUCCGUGCGGAGGCAGAGUGCUGGGAACAAGCUGGUUCUGAUCCGAGCUCGCUGCCUCUCUCCCCCCUCCACAUCUCCCGCCGCCGGGUCCUACUGGACAUCCAACCCAGUCUGGGUGUGUUUCUGCUCCCCUCUGGAGCCCCACCCGACCCGCUCCGGCCCCGGGGCAGAGAGGGAGUCCACCUCCACCCCUGCCCUCGCCGAGACCAACUUGUUCCUGGCGUGCUUCCACUCCCAGCAUGGCCGGGACAUGAGGCUGGAGGCGGCCCACGACAAUGUGCGCGCCUAUCUCGGCUUUGAUGUGACAGCUUUACGCUCUCGCUCCUGGUACAGCCUCCUCCACCCACAGGAUCUGUCACAUGCCUCCGCUCAGCACCGCAGCCUAUUGAGAGAGGGAGGAGAAGGCAGAGCUGAAAUGGUGGUGCGUGUACAAGCUCAGGACCAGUCGUGGGUUUGGCUCUACAUGGUGCUUCAGCUGCAGCCCGGAGAAAUCCCCAUCAGCAGCAACAACUACAUCAUCAGUGAUUCUGAGGCCUGGUCAGUGCGUCAGCAGCUCAGCUCGGAGCAGACCCAGCUGACCCUGGUUCUGAGUGGUGGUACCUCUCAGCAGGAGGGUCUGAGCCUCCAGUCUCCAGAAACCCUGUCCAGUCCAGACCAGGUCUUCACCCCAGGCAGCAGCGGCCUGUCAGCCCAGUCCUUUGACUUCAGCACCGCUGGCUGCAGCGUGGGCUCCUCCGAUGAACCAGGGAGCUCUGCUGCUGAGGCCAUGCAGCUGGAGGGUGACCCUCGCUCCAGUAUCUCCUCUCUGGAGGAGGAGAGCUUCUUUCAGCAGCAUCCCAGAGAAAGCCCCUCAGCUGCCUCCUCCCCGACUCCAGUCACUGUUGAAACAGUAGCAGACUUAGACUUUUUAACCCAGAACAUUCUCCUGCCACCUUCCUUCCAGCUCGACCCUCCGCUGCCGCCUCUUCCCCUGCCUCUCCCCCCAGUUCCCACCGCACAAGCUCAGCAGACCAAAGAGUUUGUGUGCACACCACCCUACACUCCCCACGUUGCUGGGUCUAGCUUCCCAUUUGGCGAACCCCUCUUCAGCUUCGACCCCACUGGCACAACUACUCCUCCGCCCUCUGCUACAACUGCCACUGCCACCACCUCACUGGCCCCUUCAACUUCCUCCUCAGCCCCACCAACCACCGCCUCAAGCCCUGCUCCCCCCACCACCCUGUCCACCAAGAUCCCCCUUACGCUGCCUACUCCCUCCACUGACUUUCUCUUCUCUAUUGAGCCCUGCAGUGGAGCCCUUUAUGAGAAACUGCCCCCCACACCCGACAGCCCCGGAGACGGCGACUGCACAGUGAUGACCCUGCCCGAGGUUCGGGGUCCACUUUAUGUAGAUGUACCACUGGGGCCCCUCCAGUGUCCCCCUGAGGGCCUCCUCACCCCCGAGGCAUCACCCGGUAAACAGCCGUGCCUCUCCUUCUUCUCCCUGGAGAGAGAGAGGGAGAAGGAGAGGGCAGAAAUCUCCCUCUUAGCUCAGCACAUCAGCUCACUGGCAGAGGGAUUCUACCUGGAUCCACUCUUGUCCAAACUUUCUCCUCCCUCCAUGUCACCCUCCUCCUCCCCUCCCUCCCCCUUCCUGUCUCCCGACAUAGAACCUGCUGAUGUUGAUUCAAUCCACAUGCUUAGGGAGUUUUAUCCCAUCAAAGCAUGGAGAGGUCUGGACAUUCCCAUGUUCCUCGACGACGAUGACUCUCUGUUUGAAGAGAGCAUCCUAGAAACCCUCCUCCAAGACAACUUUGUUCCUCCUCAGUCCCCCGGCCUCUCCAACCCCUCCCCCUCCACCUCCCCAAUGCCCAACCCCUCCAGCCCGAUUUCUCCUCAAACCCCAGUGUGCUGGCGCCAACCCUCCCAGUUUGAGGGAGUGGGCCACUUCUGUAGCGUCCAAUCGGCGCAAUGUAACUCCAUGGCUGGGUGCGGGGCGACUGUGGCUGCUGAGGCCGGGGCGAAGGUGGAAGGGGAGGGGCUAGCGGAGGAAGCAAUGGAGAUCGAGGUGGUGUCAUCUCCUGUGUCCUCUUGCUCCUCCAUCCCAGCUUCCCCUCCCCUCAUCCUCACUGCCUCCCCCAGCCCCGCCACCUCCACGCCCAUCGUCUCGCCCACGCCCGUGUCUUGCAAUCAGUCCCUCCUGGAGGAACUGGCCGUCCUGGAACCCAUGUUUGGGGCAGGUGCCUCGAUCGCCCCUGGCUUAGGGCAACAACCUGAGUUGUAUCAACUCCAAUGUCAUCCAUCGCCACAGUGCUUCCACAAAGAUGGGAGUGGAAGUGUUCCUCCGUUCUAA